CAACUGUUGCUUUCCACACUCUGCUUCCGCCCCUCCUUUCCCUCCGCUCCAUCAUCUUCAGAGUGUGGUCCUCUAUUAACUAAAGUCUUCUCAAACCCUAACUAACCCCCCUUCCUACGCUUCUCAUUAGCAUUUGUGAACCGAACCGAACCAAUGGCACAGGAGCCUUCUUCCCCUGGUGGUUCUUUGGGAGUCAAAUCGGUCGACGAAGUUCAAGCCAUGAUUCAAAAGAGUCUUGAACUUCCAAAGGUGAAGUUCUUGAGGCAACGCAUGGCAGAAGCUGGCUGUGCUGUGAAGGACAAUUUCUUCAGAGCUGUUGUUUGCCAAGGGAGGAAAGGCGUGGCUUAUUUUGCUCCUGCUCACGGGAUAUUUGUGUGCAGCAACCAUGUGACAUUUCAAGAUGAGGUCAACCAGUUGAUAAUUCAUGAGCUAAUUCAUGCAUAUGAUGACUGUCGUGCUGUCAAUUUACAUUGGAAUAAUUGUGCUCACCAAGCUUGUAGUGAGAUACGAGCUGGUCAUUUAAGCGGUGAUUGUCAUUUCAUGCGGGAACUACUUCGUGGUCAUUUCAAAUUGCGAGGGCAUGAACCGGAGUGUAUUAGAAGAAGAGUCUUGUUAUCUUUGUUUUCAAACCCCAAUUGUGUUGGUUCAGCUGCCAAGGAUUCAAUGGAAGAUGUAUGGGAUAUUUGUUACAAUGACACACAACCAUUUGAUAAAGCUCCAUAAGAAAUUGCAUAGAUUGGUAGUGUUACCAUUUUAGCUGACUCACCUAGUUGGAUAAAGCUUUGUUAUGGUUGGUACUUGGUAAUGUUACCCUUCUUGCUAUUCUUUCUGUGUUAACAGUUUUGGAGGGAGACCGGCUUAAUGACCCAAUAUUGAGAAUUAAUUAUACAAAUCAUUGAAGGCUUGU